AUGUCUGGAUUUUCAACAGAUCAGGUGUUCAAGUCUCGUGAAGAAUUGAUGGAAUGGGUUAGAAACACCGGACGUAGUCUUGGUUACGCUAUUGUGACUAAAAGAUCGAAAGCUAAAAAUGGCUACGUGUCUAAAGUUGUACUUAUGUGUGAUCGUGGUGGUGUGUAUAAAUCAGAUAAAGAUUCAAGUAGAGAGACCGGCACUAGAAAGAUAAAUUGCCCGUUUGAAAUGGUAGCGAAAUUUUCAAAAAAGAAUGGUUCUUGGACGUUAAAAGUAAAACCUGGUGAGCAUAAUCAUCCACCCGGAGAAUAUAUGGAGGGACACCCAAUCCUCAAACGAUUGACACCUAAUGAACACCAAUUGGUGGCAGAGUUGACGGGGAAGGGUGUGUUCCCAAAAGAUAUUUUAGGUGUUAUCAAGGAGCGUGAUGAAAAUAAUGUCUCUACAAUUAAAAACAUAUAUAACGCACGUGAUAAAAUUCGAGCAACGGAUCAUAAAGGGAAAUCUUUGAUGGAGGUGCUAAUGUCUCAUUUAAAUGAUAAAGGGUAUACUUUUGAAAUUUCUACCAAUAGAGUUUCAAACAUGUUGGAAGACUUAUUCUUUGUUCCUAAAAUCUCAUACAAGUACUUCCUUGAUUUUCCACAUGUGUUGCUUAUGGAUGUCACAUACAAUACGAACAAGUAUAAAUUGCCUUUUCUUGAAAUUGUUGGUGUAACUUCUACCAACAAGACAAUCUCCAUAGCUUUUGCAGUUAUGCGUAAAGAAACAGAGGAGAAAUAUCUUUGGGCAUUAAACUGUUUAAAAUCAACUCUAGAUGAGAGGAGCAUGCAACAACCACGUGUGGCACGUUUCUCAAAGUAUAUUUAG